AUGCCCUACGACUUGAAUAUACCAUGGCCAGUGGAUAACUACACCUCCAAGCCAACACCUUCUCAACUCACACAAUUGAAAAAUAUAAUAUCCACAAACUACACCCUUGGUAUAACCCACCAAGUAAUCAACUACAGCAUCACCGAAACGGUUAAAAUACCUAUAAACAAUGCAAAUGAAAUCAACCCCAUAGACAUCACCUGGCUCAGGAAUGAGCUUGUCAACUUUCCUAAACUUAGAUUAUUCACCAGACUCACCUUGAUCGUCAAUGAUUCCUCGAAAAUCCAGCAUUUAACUAAACUUCAAAACCACUUUGAUUUGAUUGCCAUACAACCACUCACAGAAAAAGCCCUACAAUUAACCAUAACAAACUUGGAUGUAGAUUUAAUCUCCCUCAAUUUAAGCUCAAGAUUGCCGUUCUUUCUCAAACACAAGAUCAUAGGCCUGGCCAUCGAUAAGGGAAUCAAGUUUGAAAUAUGCUACAAUUGGUUGAUAUCCGGUGCAAUAGGGUACGAUGGGACCCAUGCCAACGUUCAGUUAAUUAAAAAGAAUUUCUUCAACAAUGUCCUUCAAUUGAUACGUGCCAGUAGAUCCCGUGGACUAGUUAUUUCCAGCGGUGCAACCCAGCCAUUACAGUUGCGUAACAGUAAUGAUAUCCUCACCAUUUUGAAGACGUUGGGAUUGGACAGAAGCAGAGCUAAAGCUUGCAUGACUGUCAACCCCGAAAGAGUUCUAGUCAAUGGAAGACUAAGAAUAAAGUCAUACAAACAAACAAUAAGUGUCAAUGACAAUGCAAAACUCUUGGAAAACGAACAUGAAAAUCCAAACAAAAAACUGGAUAGUCUAGUCUACAAGCGAAAGUUGCAAGAUACCGAUACCGGAAAGCUUCUCAAAAAAGUAAAGUCGUGA